AGGCAGUGGGAAAAUAAAGAGCUAUAUCCCAAAUAAGCUUUUAUUUAAUUAAUUACCCACCCUAGGCCAAGGUGCAACCUCCAUUAAUCACCACUCUCUCUUCCUUUAUUGCAAGUAAGAACUAUAUAAGAUUACCAUCCUACACCUAAUGAAGAGAGAGAGAGAGAGAGAGAGAGAGAGAGAGAGAGAGAGAGAGAGAGAUGGGAGGAGAGAUAAACGAGGAGUUCGAGCUGAAUGAGGUGGAAGACAACCUUCAUGGUUCAGUGGGAAGUAGGCUGGCUUUGUUUUCAAAGGAGUACGGGCUAACAAAGGGGAGUGCUCUCAGGCUUUCUAAGGAUUGCUACGGUUCAUUUGUUAUCCAUCCCAAUGGAAGGUUGUACAGGUGUUGGGUGAAUAUCAUUUUCUUGUGGUCUAUUUAUUCAGCAUUCCUAACACCCCUGGAGUUCGGGUUCUUCAGAGGGCUGUCCGGCCACCUGGUGGAACUAGAAAGCAUACAGUUAAUCUUCCUCGUUGACAUCAUAUUGCAAUUCUUCAUCGCAUAUAGAGAUGCUCAUACGUAUAAGAUGGUGCAAGACCGAAAGAGCAUCGCCCUACGAUAUGCAAAAGGAGACUUCUGUCUGGAUCUACUUGGAUGCUUCCCAUGGGAUGCCAUAUACAAGGCCACAGGAAGGAGGGAAUUAAUCAGAUACCUUCUUUGGACAAGAUUAUAUCGUGCAAGGAAGAUCAAACAGUUCUUUAAGAAGAUGGAGAAAGACAUUCGCAUCAAUUACCUAUUCACUAGAAUAGUAAAGCUCGUCACUGUGGAGCUCUACUGCACCCACACUGCAGCAUGCAUCUUCUACUACCUUGCAACAACGAUUCAGCCAGCAAAAGAAGGUUAUACAUGGAUUGGAAGCCUAACUCUGGGGGACUACAAGUACAUCAACUUCAGGGAGAUAGACUUCUGGAGGAGAUAUAUUACCUCCCUUUACUUCGCAAUCGUGACAAUGGCGACGGUUGGUUAUGGUGAAAUCCAUGCAGUGAAUGCUAGAGAGAUGAUUUUUAUCAUGAUUUAUGUCUCAUUUGAUAUGAUUCUUGGGGCCUAUUUGAUUGGAAAUAUGACCGCUUUGAUUGUCAAGGGAUCAAAGACAGAGAGGUUCAGGGAUAGGAUGGCCGAUCUAAUCAAAUACAUGAACAGAAAUAAACUUCACAAAGAUAUCAGAAAUCAGAUUAAAAGUCAUUUGAUGUUACAAUACGAGAGCAGUUAUACCAGAGCUAGAAUUCUUGAAGACAUUCCAAUAGCAGUAAAAGCCAAGAUAUCUCAGUCUUUAUAUCUUGAGAUGGUUCAAAGAGUGCCACUUUUCGAAGGAUGCUCGGAGGAAUUCCUAAAUCAGAUGGUAAUGAAGCUGAAUGAAGAAUUCUUCCUUCCCGGAGAAGUGAUCCUUGAACAGGGGAGUGCUGUGGAUCAAAUCUACGUCGUUUCUCAUGGUACUCUGGAGGCGGUGGUUAGUGGAGAAAAUGGAUUGGAGGCAGCAAUAUCAGAACUUGUGCCUUAUGAUAUCUUUGGUGAAGUUGCAGUAUUGUGCAAUAUUCCACAACCAUGUACUGUUAAAGUUUGUGAGUUGUGCAGACUACUGCGAAUGGAAAAGCAGUCCUUCACAGGAAUUUUACAAGUUUACUUCAAAGAUAGCCAACAAAUUCUCAGUAAUCUACUCAAGAGAAAGAAGACUGAUCUAAGAAAGAGGCAGUUGGAGUCGGAUAUAAAAUAUCUAAUCACAAAGCAAGAGACAGAGCUAGCUCUGGGAGUAAAUAGUGCAGCUUAUCAUGGAGACUUGCAUCAUCUGAAAGGUUUAAUUAAGGCAGGGGCAGAUCCAAACAAAACAGACUAUGACGGAAGAACAGCACUCCAAAUGGCUGCAUCCAGAGGCUAUGAAGACAUUGUGAGAUUUCUUAUUCAAUGGAGAGCUGAUGUAAAUUGCAUUGAUAAAUUUGGAAAUUCGCCAUUGUUUGAAGCUGUUAGGGCCGGACAUGAUAAAGUUGCAAAGCUGCUUGUGCAGAAUGGCGCAAUUCUUAACCUAGAAGAUGCCGGCACAUAUCUCUGUAAAAUAGUAGCAGAUAGUAAAAUUGACAUAUUGCGCCGUAUGUUGGAAUAUGGAGUUGAUCCAAACAGUAAAAAUUAUGAUCACAGAACACCACUACAUGUUGCAGCUGCAGAAGGGCUGCACCUUCUGGCGAGUGUCUUGCUUGAAUUUGGAGCUAAUGUGCUCUCCCAAGAUAGAUGGGGAAACACCCCCCUUGAGGAAGGCCAGAGAUGCGGAAGCAAACCUCUAAUUAAGAUCUUAAAGCAUGCCAGUCAAAGAAGUAUAUUAAUGUCUCUUUAGAAUACAAAUAAGUUCCACUAAAUAAGCAACUUUUUUCCUGUAAAUUUUUUGAACUUUUACUGCAAGCCAAAGUUUUAUUUUUUAUCAUUUCAAAAAUGGGUAUCACCUACUUUGAUGUGUAAUCAUUAUUCAAAAGUAGCGUUUUACAAUGCAAUUCUUUGUUCUGAGGCUUCAUUUGGUUUUUGUAACACUUAUCUAGUUGAAUAAGCUAUUAGAAAGAACGAGCAGGGUUUUUUUUUGCUCUAUCAACAAUUUCCCUCAAAAAGGUUGUUUUUUUAUGACAAAGUGAAGAUUGCAGCACAUAAAGAAACUUCUAUAAAGUUCUAACGCGAGCGAAAAAAUGGCACAAGUCAUGCCAAACAAAACGUAAAUUUCAAAGUUCACUAACCUUUGUGACCAAUUCUAGAGGAGCCAUGGAUUAUUGCUAAUUUAUCUUUGGUAAGAAAUAAUUUUUGUUUCCUCUGCUUGAGGACAAAAAAAAGCUACCAAAUGAGCAUAAAGGGAUUUCUCGGUGUUAGGAGUGCUAUCUAGAUUCCUAUAAAUCAUGACAAGCGCUUGGAAUCAUGAUAUAAAAAUCAAGCACAAAACAUUGUCCAUUCUGCUGCCAGGAGAUGGAAGAUUUGCACUUUGUUGCACACAAAAAUAAACUGCCAUCGUAUUAGUUUCUAAAUCACCUCAACAAUCUGUCUGCAAAUUGUUUGCAGAGCAAAAACUGUACUAAAUUGGAUAAAUCUGAUUCAUUUCCCAAAUGAUCCAUAAUAUGACUGCACAUGAAAGAAGAAAGCUUAGGACCUAAACUUCUCAGCAAACAAUUUUCAAUCAUAAGAACUGCAAGCUAACGAUUCCUUCUAAUUCCUUUGUUAAAUGAACUACAAUAUGAUUAAACACAAAGGUUGAAAACUCAAAAAUCUAAUCAGAAUUCACCCUUGAUCUACAAAUAUUCUUCUAAACAGCUGCAAUUUAAACAUAUGAAAAUUGACAGAAAGAAUUGUUGACCACCAUAUACAUGCCAAAAUCGGUAUGAGUGAAAGCGACAUGAAUGAUGACCGACAAACACUAGGUCGUAUGUGGCGAGCAUCGAUGUGCCUCGACCUUGAUCAAAGCCACUCAAACUUCGUCCAAUUAGAAAACAGAUUGUAUCGAUGAAUUCAGGAUGUCCAAUUUACCAAAAGGGAGUCAAUAGUGCUCAACUCAAUCAAAAAUGAUGACGAGUAUGUUGUUAGCAAUUGCAAUGUUACACAAAACUAUCCAAAUGACAUUUGAUCGUAAAACGGACUUCACUGUUGCGCUCGGAACAUCAAAAUUAUCUAAGGAGUGACCUCUCACGAUCAAUUUGAGAUAAGGCGAUCAACAUAGACGGACUACGAAUGCUACAUUGUGCAACAUUGUCCGAACAUCAUCUGUUCACAAGACGGACUUCGACGUUGUGUCUAGAACGUCCAAAACACCAGAAAACAACUCUAAUAUUUUUUGGGUUCUUGCACAAGCAAAAGUGUGAAAUUGACACAUGCUACAAGGUGAGGCAUGUAAAUCGGGAUGGCACGAGGAAUGAGAAGGGUCAAGUUACACUUUCCUAUGUCAUCUCAUCUUUAUAACAAUAAAAAAUUAUAUAUAAAAAAUCCUAUCCUAUAUCUAAUUGUUGGCCUAUCAAAUCCUUGUGAAAUUCUUAGCCAAAGGCAUGCACAGCCUCCUAAUCCUGCUCAAUCUGCUCUGUCAACCACCUAGUGGAUAAUAAACACAUACUAACUGAUAAUAUCUAAGAUAGAGAACCUAAGACAAAGCUCAUUUCCCGUCCAGAACUCCUUUCUCCUGCUCACUGCUCUCACGAGCACCACUAGCCUGCUCCCCUCAGCCGUCCAACCCAGCUCCUAACUCCCUCUACCUCAUGGCCCAAACCACCACCUCCGCCUCUUCUCCCUGUACUACCCGAAUUCCCAGCCGCAGCAGCUCCUGCAUGCCUCGUCCGCCUACACAGCAACUCGACCGGCAAUCUGUAAUAACAACCCACUUAUCUCCUUCUCCUCACUCUCAGUCUCUCAUUCUCUGCUUCAGAAAGAAAUAACCGAACACUCCCUCUACCCGAACUCUCCAGCAACAGGCAACAUCUUCCUUACAAAACCUGCACUUCCCAGCCAAAUCUCCUAGGUCAAUCGUUGCCUACUUCGUUCCUCUGCUCCCCUAUUUGAAUACCAACAGACUGAACCUCUCCCACUCAAGCAAAGACCUCUGAAAUUAACCCAAAAGAAAUAUAUACUAAAAAAAAAAACUGCU